UCUCGCUCCUCCUCCGUUCACUCCCUGGUGAAGAUGGCGGACGGCGAGAAUCAACGGGCCGACACCGCCGACGCCGAGCCGCUUCCGAAGAGACCGAGACCCCUGGAUCCGCCCGGUGACCCGGAGCACAGCGCGGCUGUCGGAACCGAGCCGAUGGAGGCGGAACCGGCGCCGAGGACCGAGUCCCAUCAGGCCUCACUGAACAACAACAACCAUCAACGCCGCACCGAGACCGAGCCUGAGCCGCAGCUCUCCGACCAUCCCAAUGGUUUCACAUCACCUGAUCUUCUUCAUCAUGAUGAUGAUGAUGAUGAUGACGACUGCUCGUCUCGUGCCAGCUCCAGUGACUGGACGCCUCAGCCACAGAUCGGCUCGUAUCGGUUCAUUCAGCAGCACAUCAUGAGAGGAACCGACCCGAGGGCCAUUCUGAAAGACCUGCUCCCCGAAACGGUUCUCCCGGCGGAUCUGGACGACAUGACGCUGUGGCAGAUCAUCAUCAACAUCUCAGAACCGCCCAAAAGAAAGAAACGCAAAGACGUCAACACGCUGGAGGACGUGGUGCGGCUCCUGACGGAGAGGAAGAAGAUUCUGGUGCUCACGGGUGCCGGGGUGUCUGUUUCCUGCGGGAUUCCUGACUUUCGGUCUCGAGACGGUAUAUACGCUCGACUCGCUGUGGACUUUCCUGACCUCCCUGAUCCUCAGGCCAUGUUCGACAUAGACUACUUUAGAAGAGAUCCAAGGCCUUUUUUCAAAUUCGCCAAGGAAAUCUACCCGGGACAGUUCCAGCCGUCUCCAUGUCACAGGUUCAUCUCGAUGCUGGAUAAGGAGGGAAGGUUAUUAAGGAACUACACUCAGAAUAUCGACACGCUGGAGCAGGUGGCUGGGAUCCAGAAGAUCAUUCAGUGUCAUGGUUCUUUUGCGACUGCUUCCUGUCUUGUCUGUAAACAUAAGGUUGACUGUGAGGCCAUAAGGGAGGAUAUAUUCAACCAGGUUGUUCCUCACUGUCCGAGGUGUCCGGCGGAUGUCCCGUAUGCCAUUAUGAAACCAGACAUUGUCUUCUUUGGUGAGAACCUUCCGGAGUUUUUCCACAGAGCCAUGAAGCAGGAUAAAGAUGAAGUGGAUCUUCUCAUCGUGAUCGGCUCCUCGCUGAAAGUGCGGCCGGUGGCUCUCAUUCCCAGCUCUAUUCCUCAUGACGUGCCUCAAGUCCUGAUCAACCGCGAGCCGCUGCCGCAUCUGAACUUCGACGUGGAGCUGCUCGGAGACUGUGACGUCAUCGUGAACGAACUCUGCCAUCGUCUGGGGGGCGACUUCGAGCAGCUGUGCUACAACUCGUCCCGUCUCAGCGAGAUCACAGAGAAACCGGCCGCUGAGAGCCCAUCCACAGACCCCCAGGGGCCUGAAGAUCACGCUCGGCCCGUCUCAGGAGCGUCAGAGGACGUCCCAAACACUGAAUGUCAGGAUUCACUGUCUCCCAAGAAAGAGGAGGAACCGGAAACAGCAUCUUCCCCAGCAGCACGAAGAACAAGCCCUCAUCCAGAGCCGGCACCAGAAACUAACACAGACCCAAAAGAACAUUCUCCGAAGACGGCGAGUCCCAGUCCGGAGAGGAGAGUAGCGUGUGACCCUACAGAAGCACUGGACACUACUGAUGACGUGAAGGAGGAAGAAACGGCUGAUCCUCACCAUGCUGAAGUGCGGAGACGGUGCUGGAGAAGCCGAAUCUGUCAGAGUCCAAUUAGCAAACGACUCGGAGCCUCACAGUAUUUAUUCCAAGCACCGAACCGCUACAUUUUCCACGGCGCCGAGGUCUACUCGAGUUCAGAGGACGAGACGUCCAGUUCCUGCGACAGUGACAGUGACGGCUCUCGCUGCAGCGCAGACGCUUUGGAGAAUGAAGACAGUGACGGAGAAGAAGACAAAGACACAGACGGCCAGGCAGAGACAGUACAGGACCAUGAACACAAACGCCUUCAAACAGACUGCACAGCAGAAACAGACCCACCAUCCACACAAUAACUCACCAGCACUCGCUGCAUUUAAUCUACUCAAGCCUCUUUUAUAUAUUUUUGUAUUUCCCUCCCUCCUAAACAUCCUGUUAUGUCUUCUAAUGCAUGCAACUUCUUUCUUUUGUUCGGCUUAUAACCCUUUUUGUUUUUUCACCUUUGCAUUUUUAGAUGUAAAAUAUGCAUUUAAUUCCGGUGAAUGUUUCUGCCUGAGAAUUGAACUUGCUAUGUAAUUGCUUGGGAUAAAAAAGGGAAUGAUUUUCAAACCAAAGAUUACUUUUCUGUAUUGUUUCUUGUUGGAUCUGUCCAGUAUGUUCACCAAACCGUGGCAUUUUCAGACAUUUGGCAGCUAUGGUCAGCCUACUGUUGAAGUCUUUUAUACUCUAUUCAUCAAACAGAUGUUUUCAGGACAUUAUUUACAUGCAUUCACACUCUUGUACUUCCUGUCCUCAAGCACUUAGUAAGUUCUGAAUCAGUUUUUGGUUAUGCUUGUUUGGUUAAUGCUCUCGUUGACUGUGCAUUCAAAUCUUUAUAACACUGUUAAGUUUUAAUAUCAGCACGAAUUCACGAUUCCCUCAUGCUGAGGAUGCAGUUUUGGUUGUAUGUUCUUAAACUCAUUUUUUUAAUGUUUAAAAAAAAAAGUUAUGUCAGAUUUUGUGUUUACGUUAAUGUGGAUUGGCAAUGCUGCAAAAGAGUAAAACAAUACUUUUUGACUUCACAAA